UAAAAACACCAGCCAGUGCUUCGAACUCUCAGAUGCACGGAAAGCACUGACACACACGGCACUGCUACCUUUGCUUAAAGAGAAACAAAACUCCAGACUGAAAAAAUCUGGCGGAAUCUAAUCGUAUUUUUCUAAAGAAAGACAUAAUUGCAAAGAUAGAAGCAUGGAUUUUCUAAAUCACAACUAUUUGAACUCCCGCACCUCUUAUGACUACACCUUUAAUUUUUGGAAUGACUAUUUGGGUCUUUCGACAUUGGUCACGAAGAACAAGAACAGCGUGCCACAAAGUCCCAACUCCAUCACGGAGUCUCUCAAAGCGACCCUGGGCUUGGACGAUUCCCCGGCAUGUUCGUGCGUAAUCGGGGUCAGUGGGGAAGGUGGACUGCUGGACUGCUGUUGUCCCUCCGCUAGCCCCCCGCCUACCUCUAUCCUCGACUUGAAGGAGCGCUUCUCCAUCUUUAGCCCUUUUCAGAACCAAAGCACUGGUGUCCCCCCGCAAGACAGGGACUCUGCCUUUGGAGGGAACUUCGCUGGGUUCGACCUUUUCGGCAUGGAGAGGAAGAUGCGCAAGCCAACCCCGAGGAGUAAGCAGGAGCCCAAGAUCUGCGUCUUCUGUCGGAAUAACGGAGCGCCGGAGGAGGUGUACGGUUCUCAUGUACUGAAGACGCCGGACGGGAGGGUCGUUUGUCCCAUUCUCAGGGCUUACACUUGUCCCUUAUGCAGUGCCAACGGGGACAAUGCCCAUACAAUAAAGUACUGCCCGCUUUCCAAAGAUCAGCCUUCCCAGCGACCACUGAAGGGAGGGAGGGCAGUGGGUGGUAAGAGACUGAAGAUAUUCUAAAUAGAUCCUUAAAAUAUUGAUUAAACAAACAUUUUUUUUUAUUGCACUGAACAUUUUUGCGGCUGCCCCGGUCCUAACUGCUACGAGAUCAUUUUAUUCAUAUAUGAAAUAAAGAAUAAAUAUUAUACUUUACUCAAAAAAUCGGUUAUCUUUUAUAUAUGUAUAUUUUUAUUUGCAUAGUUGUUUUAUUUUUUCUAUUUGUAGACAUCGUUUCAACACCGUGUAGUGCGCAGUUUUUUGGACUGUUCAUUAAGGUGCACCUUCAUUCAUAAUCACGUUUUGUGAGUAAACGGUGGUAUUGAUUUGAUGGGGGAAGAGACUAUUGGAACAAUGCUGAAGGAAUGAUGAGGCUAAAUUUCCUCCAGAUACAUCGUUGUUGUACUUGUAAGCUAAGCUUACGUUUCACAUUGCUUGACUAAUGAACCAAAGUUUUGUUCGACAUAUUCAAACGAAAGAAUGUUUUUUUUUUCCGUUCUGUAUUAUUCGGUAAAGAAGUUGUAUAUCAAUCCAGUUACUUUCCAGUGUUGGUGGGCGUCUUUUUUAUGAUACCCUUUCCAAUCGCGUUUCAAGUCCACAACGCUGUUUCAGACACACUCUGAGGCUAUAGACCAUUUCAUUUAAUAACUGUACGAAGGCGAAACAAGACUACCUAACACAAAGAGUGCUCUGUGGUGCAUUCGUGUGCUCGGAGUUAGUUCGGAAUUAACAGUUGCAUUGCCAAACGACAUGGAAAACCCCGAAACAUAUAAUAUACAGUCUCUUUGCCUUUUUGAAUGAUAAAGAAUACACAGAACAGCGGUACUCCUAAUGUUUACAUAACCGACAGAGGGUAAAACACUGGAUUUUGUUUCUUUCGGAGUAUCUCAUGUGUGUUGCAUUUUAAUCUAUUAUUUCACAUGUGUGUAAAAACAAUCCAACUUAAUAUCACAGAUAAGGUGGGAGGGGCCAGUAACGCUUUACAUAAACACGAGGAAACACAGAAGACCUUUCAUGUGAGAAGCUACAAGUCCUGCAGACGAAUGGAGCUAAUGAAUGUCAUUAAAAAAGCUUUUUUUAAACAAUGUAUUAUCCCUUCUCUUUGCAUUAUUUUGCAAGUGUAAACCCAAAAGAUGCAACAUAGAGUGAAUGUAUAAUAAAGUGGGAAAACUGACACUUGGAGGACUGCACAUUUUGGACAGUUUUGUUUACCAAAGGAAUACAAUUUUAAUGAAAUGAUAAAGUAAUAGAUUUGCUGUAUUGUAUAUAAAAGUGUGUAUUGUUUAUUCAGUAUUUUAACACUAUAAUA